AUGUUGAGCAAACAAUUGAUUAUGUCAGGACAGUCGAAAUCAAAUGAAGAUUUAAAACUUCGUAGUAACAGUGCUGAAUUCCUUCAUUCGUUUAAGAAUGCAUUCAUAGCACAAACAAAUAUAUCAGAUUACUUAGCCCAUGUUAUUAAAAUUAAACGUUUGGCUAAAAUGCCCCUCCAAUUUCUUGCUAAACGACGAAAGAUAAGAAGAAUAGCAAUGGAUGUCGAAAGCUCAGACGAAUCAUACGCAGAUGAAGAUGCUAAAUCUGAAGCUGCCUCUCAAAUAUCUGAUAUUGAGAAUGAAGCAAAAACAUUUGAAGAAUACACACAACAGCUGGAAAAUGCCUUAAAUAUUCUUAGUACAAUGAAACGAGAGGAAUAUGAAAGUCGAACGGCAUUAAAACAAUUAAAAUUUUUAGAAAAUCUUAUUCAUCAGCCGAAAGAAUGGAUAUCCGGUGCUAAAUUAAAAUUAGCAGAGAAAAAGUUUCCAGAACUGGCUAUGACGCUGAUGGGAAUCUACAAAGAAAAAGGACUAAUGGUGCGACGAAUUGUUUUUGUGCACAGUAUUCUGUUGUACAAUUGCGUAGCGAAUUUUACUGACGGAGAAUUUGACAAAGAAGGUCUUAUACGAAAACAAGCAGCUGACGUUGGAUUUAUUGAAUUUGCCGUUGAAAUUUUAAAUAAUCCAUCAUACAGUGAAUCAUUAAAAAAAUCUUAUGUAAUCGAAAAUCCAGCAAAAGUUAUUGGGAGUGAUGAUUUUAAGAAUUAUCAGAAAAUCUUGUGGAUCGUCGAUUCGUCCUUAACAAUUUUAUACAAUAUGGCAAAUAUACCAGAAUUAAAAAUUCACUUUCGUGAAUGUAACGCGGUCACGACGAUAGCAGAAUAUACGAAAUUAAAAUCGGAGACUGUUUGCACUCAAUUUGAAGAAACACCAGAAACUAAAGAAUACAUGUUAAGAUUAAAUGAGUUACAAGAUAUCAUUAAUGCUAUUCGUGUUACAUCUUGUCUUGUAUUACCAUUGAUUAUGAAUGAAGAUGAAGAUAAUUUACUUGCGCAAGCAAAUGAAGUUCUUCCGUUAUUGAUCGGUUUAAUACACAUGUACAAAAAAGCGGAUCAACGUUUUUAUGGAUUUUCGUUUGUGGAAUUAGUUGAGGGUUUAUCAAAAAUAAUGGUGAAAGGCCGAAUGCAUACAUGUAUUGAUAAAAGUUUAGUGAAUCUAUUGCUGGAUAUAAUGAAUACGAAUGACGAUGUAAAACUUCUCGAAUGUGUGUCGAGUGCUAUACUCAAUGCAUCAUUUGAUGAAAAAGCUUUACAUUAUAAUGUCUGGAUGGAUAUCGAUAAUAUCAACGGUGGUGUUCUUGAAUCAAUGGCCGCAGCUAAGCAGGUAUUUACCGUAACAUCAUUGUCUUAUCAGAAUCAUGUAGAUUUCGCCACAAUUCCAUUUGAAGAAGCUUUUGCUGUAUUAAUUCGUGAAAUCGAAACACUCCGACAUGACUUGACGCCGGGGACAGGACCAAAUGUCCUCGAUUAUGAUCAUGCUAAAGUUUUUAAAAAUGCGUAUGUUGCAAGUCUCCAGACGACUAAUACUCGAGUUGCAGAAACUGAAAAUGCUGUGUUAAAAUGGGAUGGCACAGCUGUACGUCAAUGGAUGAUCCAAACUGGUCUAAGAAACACGGAACGUGCUCUUGCUGGUGUAAACGGUCGGUUGUUGUGGCGGUUAUUUCAAAUGAAAUGUUCUGCACCUGAAUCGUACUAUAGAAUAGUUGAUAAAUACUUUGACAGGGUGUGGUUUACCCAAAUGAAUGAUAUAUUAAAAUUUGAUGACGCACUUGAACAAUUAUUUCGCUAA